CGUGCGUGCAGCAUCUCUCGUCCGUCUCUUUCGAGCUCCUAUAUAUAUUACGCGUUGCAACAUCAUGAUAUAUAUAUUUAACGAGGGAUCGUAGCGCGCGGGGUUCACCAGUGCGACUUCAGUGCGCGGCCGAGCCUCUUCCCUGCGUCUAUGUGGGCUAUCCUAUAGAUAUAUAUACAUCGUUCCACUCGUGUAAUGCCUUCGAGUGCGUCGCUCUUUUGAGAAAAAAAAGGAGGGCGAGAGAGACAGAGAACGACAUUUUUUCGCUCUUCUCGUGUGAUUUCGUCGUCGUUGAAAAAAAAAUAAAUAAAUAAAAGAAGAAAAAGAAGAAAAAUUGCCAAAAAAAUCGUUACUGAUCGGGGAUGAAGCUCAUUAAUAUCGGCUUGCUGAUGCUCAUUUUCGUUAGCCUGAUCAGCGUGGCCGCUCUGGCAACUGCUCAUCCAGCUGGUGAUCCCGAGGCCGCGAUCGAAAACAUGAGACAGAUACCGCAGUGGCACUGCAAGCGCUACAGGAAGUUCGAUCUCGUGCGACGCUGUCGGAAUUAUCGCAACGGACGCAAGCACUGACACACGAGCUCGCUAGAGCGUAUGCAUAUCAUAUGUGUAUCAUCGAAUCGUGUAUGGGACGUCAUUGACGUCGUGCCCCGUUUUUCUCCCCCCCGCCGGCUAGGCAACGGAGAGAGAGACCACAUAUAGAUUAUAACGAAAAAAAAAGGGUCAGGCAGAUCUCUCUGCCGUUAUGCCGCGGUGGCUUCGUCCGGGCGGAGGCGUCCGCGAAGAGACGCGAUUACUUAUUUUAGGCGAGACUGCACAACAACAAUUAGCAUCGUCAUCGGUUCGAUCCUUCUUCGAACGAUUGUUUGGAUUUUUUUUUCACGUAACAUAUUUAUUGUGUUUUAUAAUGUAUAUCAGUAUUCAGUAUUUAUAAAUAUUCGUCGCUGUAUCGGACAUCGCAUUGUAUCGAUUGCUAAUUUUUUUUUUUUUUUUCUUUUUGACGUUGACAUGUUUUUCCAUUGUUUGUCGUUAGGCGUACGAAAAAAAAUAUUUAUCUAGUGUACGGCUCGUCAGCCUGAAAAUACUUCGUGCAUUGCAUUUCAAGAUGAUAAUUAUCUAGAAUUGUUUUUACUUUAUACGGUUUAAUUAAGUGCAUUGUAUUGUAUAUUUAAAGUUAUAAUAAAGA